AAAUCAAAGAAAAAUAAAAUAAAAUUAUAUAAAUAACAAACGACAGAAAAUAAUUCCGUCGUUUUAAUUAUCCAGUCAGAUAGAAUUCAGCCAUGCCUGGAGCUCUGUGUGCUGCUGUUGCUCCUAAACAAGACACCAUUGAUCCCCACGACACCAACGCCCGAUCCUUUCUUCAAACACCUUCAUUCUCCGUCACAUUAAAGUUUGAAGAAGUUGUCUACAAGGUCAGCAAUGGCGGCGGCGGAUCGCCGGAGAAGACGAUCCUCACCGGAAUAACAGGCAUGGUGUCGCCGGGGGAAAUCCUGGCGAUGCUCGGCCCGUCGGGAAGCGGGAAGACGACACUCCUGACGGCGCUGGGUGGCCGCCUGACGUCAUCCGGCCGCCUGUCGGGGAAGAUCACCUACAAUGGCGACCCAUUUUCCGGCGCCGUCAAACGGCGGACCGGGUUCGUCCCUCAGGACGACGUCCUCUACCCGCACCUCACCGUCUUCGAAACUCUCCUCUUCACUGCACUUCUCAGGCUCCCUAACACUCUCUCGAAAGACGACAAAACGCAGCACGUGCAGCACGUGAUCGACGAGCUGGGCCUGGCCAAGUGCAAGAACAGCAUGAUCGGCGGCCCACUUUUCCGGGGGAUUUCCGGCGGGGAGAAAAAGAGAGUCACCAUAGGUCAAGAAAUGCUCAUUAACCCUACCCUGCUUCUGCUCGACGAGCCGACUUCAGGGCUCGACUCGACCACGGCUCAGCGGAUCUUAACCACGGUUAAGAAGCUGGCUCGCGCCGGCCGGACCGUGGUCACCACCAUCCACCAGCCGUCGAGCCGGCUUUACCACAUGUUCGAUAAGGUAGUUCUGCUGUCGGAAGGGUCCCCUAUAUACUACGGCUCGGCUUCAGCCGCCAUGGAUUACUUCUCCUCCCUCGGCUUCUCGGCUUCCAUCACUGUCAAUCCUGCGGAUCUCCUGCUCGAUCUCGCCAAUGGAAUCGGACCUGAUUUCCAGCACCACGACGACAACAACAAUUUGCAGCAAGAUCCAAAGUUGGUUAGGGAAAUUCUCAUCUCUGCAUACGAGAAGAACAUAUCGACAAGGCUUAAAUCUGAAUUAAAUUACACAAAGGAAGCAUCAUCUACAGCUACAAGACAUGGUGGCGGUGGUGGUGGUGUAAGAGUUAUUAGAUCACAAAAAUGGUGCACAACAUGGUGGUACCAAUUCAAGAUCCUCCUUUUACGCGGCCUAAGGGAGCGUCGAUUCGAGGCCUUCAACCGCCUCCGGAUCUUCCAAGUCAUAAGCGUCGCGAUCCUCGGCGGCCUCCUAUGGUGGCGCACUCCUUCUUCCCACAUCGACGAUCGCAUCGCAAUGCUGUUCUUCUUCUCAGUGUUCUGGGGAUUCUACCCACUCUACAACGCUGUCUUCACCUUCCCUCAAGAAAGAAGGAUGCUGAUCAAGGAAAGAUCGUCGGGAAUGUACCGGCUCUCCUCGUACUUCCUGGCUCGGACAGUCGGUGAUCUCCCAUUAGAGCUCGCACUUCCGACAGCCUUCACCUUCAUCUUCUACUGGAUGGGCGGGCUCAAGCCCGACCCGGUUUCCUUCAUCCUCUCCCUCCUCGUGGUCCUGAUGAGCGUCCUGGUGUCGCAGGGCCUCGGCCUGGCCUUCGGCGCCAUACUAAUGGACGUCAAACAGGCUGCCACGCUGGCAUCCGUCACGACAAUGGUGUUCCUUAUUGCAGGCGGAUAUUAUGUCCGCCAGAUUCCUCCAUUUAUCGCCUGGCUCAAGUACCUCAGCUACAGCUACUAUUGCUACCGCCUGCUCCUCGGAAUUCAGUACAGGGACAACGAUUUCUAUCCCUGUCGGGAAGAACAGCACCUGCGUUGUCCCGUCGCCGACUACCCUCCGAUCAAAGCCGUCGGCCUCGACCGCCAUUGGGUAGACGUCGCCGCCAUGGCUCUCAUGCUCGUCGGAUACCGCUUUCUUGCGUACUUAGCGCUGCACCGCGUUCGGUGAUGUCAUUAAUUACGUAUUAUAUAGUUGUUCUUGUAGUAAUAGAUUGAUCAUUAUUGGCGGAGCCGAUUCGACGAACUCAAUAAACUAGAACUUGUUCGUUGUUACUACUUGUAUUAAUUUUGUAAUAAUAAUGAACGUGAACUUCUUUGUCCAAA